AUGGAUUGCAAAUCCGAUUGCAGUGCAGUAUGUAAUCCUGUAAUCCUCGGUGUAACCCACUUCUAUUGGGGCUGGGAUUGUUUGAAAUGCGGUGAAGGCUGUUUGAAGUUGCUCUGGUUGGUCUUAGGAGAAUGGGUAUGGACAGCAUUGUGUUGUGGGGUUUCGGUAGUAUGGGAAGAUGCGUUUUAUGGGUUUUCGAUAGGCGUAUUGUAG